CGGCUGGCUCCUCCGCAUUGUGUUUCCUAUCCCGGGCAGGUAGGGGAGGCUGGGAAGAGGAGCCGCGCCGGUGGGGGCCGGUGGGGGCCAGCCCCGCUAGGGAAGGAGAAGGAGGAGGGAAGCGGACUUUGCCGUUUGCUGCUGCAAUCCCGGGACGAGGCAGAUCUGCCUGGCGACGCUCCCGCGGCCCCCUGGAACUUUUGCCAGGCAUUGGCGCUGCCUGCCUGCGGGCCAACUCAUCCCGGGUUGAAUGCCGGCCGCUUCCAGCACCCCUAGGAGGAAGGAGAAUCCAAGGGCGGCGACGGGGAGGAAGGGAGGAAGGAAAUGUCUGGUUGUACCAGGCAAAGCACCGCUGAAAGGGGAGAAGCCCCGCUUGGGAUGAGGAGCCGGCAGGGAGCCGAGAGAUCGGCCGAGGCCCUCGGAGCAGCUCCGAUUUAUAAGGGUGCUGCCUGCGGAACUCCCACCCGCACGCCCAAAGCUUCUGGGAGGGACUCUCUCAGGCCGAGUCUUCAGCUCAAAAGCCCAGCUGGAAGGUUGGGGAAAGGAGCGCCCGCUUCCAGCUGCCGAGGCAGAUCCAGCCUCUCGCUUUAACGCCCCUUUCCCGGGAUGGAGGUUCCGGGCGGCGGCGCGGAGCUCCCCCUGCCUCCGGACCUGAAGGAUUUGGAGAUGAAAUUCGGACAGAAGCCUCCGGACGGGCUGAUCCGGUGGCUGCUCGGGGACCCCACGGCUCACCUGCUUCGGAACAGCCCAAAUCGGGGGGCGCGCCACGGGCUGGGGGAGAAGAUCAAGGCUCUAAAGCUGGAACUGGCCUAUCUAAGAGCAAUAGAUAUCAAGAUCCUCCAUCAACUGGUAGCUGUAAAUGAUGGAAUAGAAACUGUCAAGUGGUUUCUUGAGGAAAAAGGGAUGCUGACCAGCCGCUGUAGCAGCCUUACCAGCAGUCAAUACAGCUUGGUAGAAAGUCAAGAUACGUCCCGACGAGGCAGCUGGAAUAGUCUUCAGGAUCCCAAUGACAAACUGGAUAGUAUAUCUAUUGGCAGCUAUUUGGACACACUAGCUGAUGAUAUGGAUGAAUAUGGACAAAGUUCUUGUCCCAUAAUGUCACCUACCUUAGGUAGACCUCUAGGCAGAAGUGAAUUAGAAAGAUCGAAGGCAGAUCUAGAGAGAAUUUUUCUUGCAAAGAUGGACAAAGAGCAAGACAAAAGCAAAACGUAUCCUGAAUGGGCCUCUAGUUUAGUUAAGAGCCAAAGUUUUAACAAGCCCAGUGCACCGGUCCAGCUGUCACCACCAAUGGCUAAUGGAAUCUUGGGUAGACAAGUUCCUAAGCUAGUGCCGAGCCUUGAGGAGAAAUUUACCUCAGCAGCUGCUGAGCAACCAAACAAAGAGAGUGUAGCAGUAAAGGCUUCCAGGAAGAGCAAAAUGGAUUCAGAAAAUUGCAAGCUCGAUAACAGGAAGCAUCUGGAAUAUGAUGGCCAAUGGCAGUGGGCUGAGUCUCAAGAAGAUGUGACAUUUUUGUAGCAUCCAUGACUGGCUGCCUGGAUUAACAUAAAGAGAUUCCAGACUUUAUGCACUAGUCUUUUUGCACCUUGGACUGCAAGAUGUGCUUUCUUUGUCUGAAUGUCUUUUGGUUUGAUCAGAACUGUUGAGACAUAUUGGCUGAUGAACAGAACAUAAGUAUAUUAGCCAGAUGGCAUUCGUCUUCUAAGAUAUUAAACCUUUCCCAAGAAUAAGGGCAUAUAAAAAUACUGUACACCUUUAUUUUAAAGCCUUUGGCUUACCAAUGCUGCACUUUUGUGCCACAGUUCUAGUUUCUAUUUGAGUGGAAGUGGGCGUAGGCUCAUAACCUGGACUUUCAGGUUUUUGGCAAAGCUGUUCACUUGAGUAGCACUCAAUCCUAUUGCAUGUAACCCAUACUCCCCUAGGAAUAACUGAUUUUUUUAAUGAAAGAAGCCAGAGACAAAUCUUUGAUACUACAAUUCUUUUAAUCAAUGUUAUUAUUGUUAUUAUUAUUAAUGUCAUAGGAAAUACUGCUUCUUCAUUUGCUUGAUAUUUGAAUUAUCACUUAGGUUUAAGAAAGGAAUGUAGAAUUCUGCAGAGAAACCCACACAUUCAUUUAUUACACUCAACAGACUGAAUAUGCCCUUCAUUCUGGUAACCAUGAGAACCAGCCUUCCACCUGAACCUAAAGCUGAGCAAAAUAGUGGGGGGGGGGGGUCUGUUGGUUUAACGAGUCUUGAAAAUCCUUGAAGGGCCGAGGCUUAAGCAUUGUGCUGCACUUUUAAAUGACUGCAAGUAACACAAA